AGGUACAUUUUUUCUAUGUUAUUUUCCUGUGAAACUGCAUUGCGGCUCCUGCACUUUGUUAGAACCCGUUUACGCUUCUACCAGGACGCCCAUCUUGUAGCACUACUUAUGCACAGCCAAACUUCUGGAGCCUUUACUCCGGAAAAGACAAGCCACAGGAGCGAAGAAGCUGAUGAUAAAUUACAAAAGUUUUUGUGGGCCCGUGAACAUGCGGAUGCUACCCACCUUCGUCAUCGUCGCGGUUGGGAUAGACCUCUCCCGUACUUACCGACGUGGAGGUUUCUGGACGAGUGGCAACCUUCCAAAAGAAGAGAGGUGAUGUCUCCAGUAUUUGCCUUGUGCUGUGAGUGCGUUCACUGCCUUGACUACGGGUUGUUUACGUUCAACGCUCUUGAGUGCUGUAAACUUCUCUAUGUAAAGGCAGCCUUCACCCUCUGUGCUUUUAUGCUCUAUCGCUUGCAGCACACGUCCUUGCUGCUAUACUUCCUCAUUUACGGGGCAUUGACCCUCGUGACUCUAUUCUGCAACAUCAUCGAUCGCUUUGCACCCUACGAGUGGCUUCGCCCGCUUUGGGUCUACGGGGUUUUCAUGUACUCUUGCGUUCUGCUUGCUAUCGGUAACACCAUUAGCGACAAUGAGGAAAUCAUCUUUCCAUUUCAUACGGCCUUUAUACCUUUAUUUUCUGUAUCUUUCGCGUAUAUCCUGCUUUCCAUUAUGAAUCCACAAAUCCGCUAUUGCACGUACAAGGACGUCAUUCUUGGUCUCAGCUCCUGGAUAAGGACAAAAUGCGGGAUCAUGUGCACUGGAGCGCAUAUUUUUAUUUAUACCUGCCUUUAUUUGUUUUCGCUGACGAACGGCGUCUGGACGUUAAAACCGCUCUGCAUUGUUGGCUUGCUUGUCGGAGUUCUUAUUGUCCCGAUUAACUUUGGCUUCUGCUUAUUGGUUCAUCUCCCCAUCUCUUUGCUUUUAAUUUCAUCAUCAGUUCAUCUUUCGACACUUGACCAGAUGUACGCGUUGGAUUUGCUGGAGAAAGUCAUAUCAGGGCCUUUACUUGAGCAGGCCAGAUUAGCUUUAGAUAUCCACUGUACUAGCGGCAUUGCGGGGUUGCUCAGCUUCCUACUCUGGUUUUGGCACGUAUUUACUUUGUUGUGGACCUCUUAUUUGACGCUCAGGAGCAGAACAGCGCGCUACGCUAUGGCCCUUUUUAUAUAUUUUUUUCACUACUUCGUGGCUGUAGUCCUCCUCGCUGUUGCUGAAAAAGAAACAAACUCGAUGCUUCAUUUCGUUCAAACACUUUUGGCUUUUGGGUCGUUUUUUGUUGGCCUUCAACCCUCUCUCCCGUUUAUGCUCAAUAUUGACUGCGCAAAAACCGUGGCAAAAAUUACACUCCCGAUAGGCAAUAUCACAAAUCUCUUGACCGGCGAAGUUGAGUUCGGCGCGUAUAUGAAAGAUCUGAAGAAAAGAGGCUUAAAACAGAUAAAAUCGCAUUUGAAAGAAACCAGUAAAAGUUUACAGCCCCGUGUGGAAGAACGUAUUGGGAUAUCUGCUACGAAUCAAACGCCCAAAGCUCAGAAAAGAAAAUUAUUUCAAAAAAAUCCGUUUCCCAUAUUUUGCUGGCCUCCUCUGGCUCUCUUGACUGCUCUGCGCCUGGAUAGAAUAGCACCGCAAAACCACAUUAGCCACCUUCUCACCGUUGUGACGGCCAUCGUGGCCGUCUGGGCACUGAUGGUGAAGACCAAAAGCAUUUGGACGGGAAUAUCCGCGUGUUCCGCGUGUCUUCUUUACGCGGUCUUAUAUGAGUCUGUCCUCUUUACCUUUGUAACCUCAACUUUACUGUACUUUCUUGUUUGGUUCUACGUGCGUGCCGCCUAUCCUGCGCGUGGCAGUUUUGCAGUCGGUAUUGUAACGGGAGUGCUUAUAUUCGCACAUAUGCACUACUGUUUGCCCCCCCAAAAGCCAAGUUGGUGGAUCUUUAUACAGCACAUGGCAAAGAGACAUAUACCGCUGCUCCACUUAAAGGAGCCAACCGAAGGAAAAAGAGCUAUCGCAUUGCUAGAACGAGUGGCAGCUUUCUACAGCUCAACAUAGCAUAUCGAUUUUAAGUUUUAUUUGUUAAUAUCGCGGGUUUGUGUACUCCUCAGCCAGUGUCCUUAAAACUUUGUUAAGGGGGAAAAAAUAAAAAUGACGCAUAAAAAGUG